AUGGCUUGCCGUGCAGUGCUCAGUGCGCUGACCAGUGUCGAAGAACAUGUGCUGGCCUGCGUUUCGCGCGGCCAAACGCUACUCAAUGGCAAUGGGAUUGCCGGCACUCCAGCCACCCCCAACCGAGGUUCGGACCUGACCAAGAAAUGGGGGAUUUGGAUCAAAAACGGCGAAGAUAUUAAAGUGGGCGACGAGGUGCGCAAGCGUUAUCACCUGCAGUUCUCUAAAGACGCGGAAAAUCCGACCAUCAAGAAACUGGCGAACAAGGACCCCAGCAAGAAGUGGUCGUACGCGGAUAUUGUGAUCAAUCCCAAGGUCCCGGUGGAUGGGGAGGUGGCCCUUAAGCAGUUCUUCACCGACUUGCGCAACAACAUAGUUGAUUGA